CAGUUUGGUGAGAAAAACUUCCAACUCGAGCGUCGAGGCUGGAGUGUCUUAUGAUCUGAUUUCUCACAUUAUUUCCAUUUCAAGUUUAUAUAAUCUACAACCAUAUCAGAACGCCUCGUUCCCGCACUUUCUGUGUCCUUUUCGAUGUGAUUCUCAUCUCGAGGUGACCGAUUUCUCUCUUCUCAACCUGGGUUGAGAUAAGUCAUAGGACACAAAUUUCAUAGAAAGUGAGCUUCCCCAAAACACUUUUCUUUUCUUUUCCCCCCGUUUUUGGGUCUUUCUUCUUUAGUGCUUCAUGCUUGACAAGGUGCUGUUGAUACAGAGCUUGACCGAAAGGACAUGAAUUUCCUAGCGGGGGCCUUCAAGCCGCCGUGUAAAAUCUCAAUCUCAUUGGCUGAUGGAGGAGCUCGCAAGAAGGUUCCGCUGAAGAAGGAAAAUGGGCAGUCAGUCAUGGUUCCUCUCUUUCACAGUCAGGAGAAUAUAGUUGGAGAGGUUAUUAUAGAACCUUUGUAUGGGAAGAAGGUGGAACAUAAUGGUGUUAAAAUUGAGCUGCUUGGUCAAAUAGAGUUGUAUUUUGAUAGAGGCAACUUCUAUGAUUUCACAUCACUCGUGCGUGAGCUUGAUGUUCCUGGGGAUUUAUACGAAAGGAAAACAUAUCCAUUUGAGUUCUCUACGGUUGAGAUGCCAUAUGAAUCAUACAACGGAGUCAACAUAAGGCUCAGGUAUGUUUUGAAGGUGACAAUUAGUCGAAAUUUUGUCCCCAACAUUGUGGAGUACCUGGAUUUUGUGAUUAUAUAUUCUGUUGUUGGAGUUCGCAACUAUAGUCCACCUCCGGCAAUCAAUAAUAGUAUUAAGAUGGAAGUAGGAAUUGAAGACUGCCUGCACAUAGAGUUUGAAUACAGUAAAAGCAAGUACCACUUGAAGGACGUUAUCAUUGGCAAAAUAUAUUUUCUGCUGGUGAGAAUCAAAAUAAAAAACAUGGAGCUUGAGAUAAGGCGUAGAGAGUCAACUGGAUCAGGGACCAAUACUUAUGUGGAAACUGAGACCCUUGCAAAAUUUGAAUUGAUGGAUGGUGCUCCUGUCCGAGGAGAAUCAAUUCCCAUCAGGUUGUUCCUCAGUCCGUAUGAGCUAACACCUACCUACCGCAACAUCAAUAAUAAGUUCAGUGUAAAAUAUUUUCUGAAUCUUGUUCUUGUGGAUGACGAGGAUCGAAGGUACUUUAAGCAACAAGAAUUCCAACUGUAUCGUCUGCUAGAAAACCCUUGAAACAUGUUGAACCUGGGCUAUCUCCGAUAUUGUAAUGCUUGAAUCCUGUCAAUGCCAUGCUGUUAUUGAGUCAGAUGCCUUCAUACUGACGGCAGUUUUGUUGUGAUUUGUUGGUCCUUUUGGUCUUGUAAAGGAUGCUUGAUACAAGAACUAGUUUUACUUGAUAGUGUUCACCAGGAUAGUAUUACUUGAUAGUGUUCAUCAGGAUAGGUUUGUUUUGAAUGAAUAAUUUUGAGCACACUAUAGCUCACCUUAAUCUUAAUUAUAGUCUUUUGUAUCACGAAAAUUAGUUGGGUAAGAAAGAAAUAAAAAUUCUGAAGUUGUAAUGUCA